UCCCAUUUGUUAUAAAUAUCCCACCUCCACGCCACCCCCAACCACCGUUUUUUAACGGCUACUUUAUCCCUCUUUGAAUGACCCCAAAAAGAAACCCUUACAAGCUAAAAUAAUUCCGAGUGUGGUGAAGUUUCUCGAGGUGGGUUCCUCCAGAUUCACUCAGGACUUGAAGGAUUUGGGGUUUUAGAGACGCACCCAGAUGGAUUUCUCUUCGUUUUUGGUGUCCUUAGGGACGUCCUUUGUGAUAUUUCUGGUUUUGAUGCUUGUUUUCGCUUGGCUUUCUUCAAAUCCUGGCAACCAUGUCAUUUAUUACCCAAAUCGGAUCCUCAAGGGUCUGGAUCCGACCGUCGGGUCCAGUACAAGGAGCCCAUUUGCUUGGAUUAAGGAAGCUCUGUCUUCUUCUGAGAAGGACGUGAUUUCGAUGUCGGGGGUUGAUUCUGCUGUCUACUUUGUGUUUUUGUCCACUGUGCUGGGGAUUUUUGUGUUGUCUUCCGUUGUUCUUCUGCCAGUUCUUAUUCCGGUUGCUGCUACUGAUGAUGGUAUCAAGAAUGCUAAGAAGAAUGAUACCCUAAGUGUUGGGACUUUCAAUGAACUUGACAGAUUAUCUAUGGGAAAUGUCAAUCUGGGGAGUAAUCGUCUUUGGGCCUUCUUAUUAGCUACCUACUGGGUUUCCUUUGUGGCAUAUUACUUGACAUGGAAAGCUUAUAAUCAUAUCUCAGCUCUGAGAGCUGAAGCUUUAAUGACUCCUGAAGUAAAGGCUGAACAAUUUGCCAUUGUUGUUAGAGAUAUCCCUCCAGUUCCUCAGGGUCAAACUAGGAAGGAACAAGUUGAUUCCUUUUUUAGAAAGAUCUAUCCCGAUACGUUCUAUCGAUCGAUGAUCGUUACAGACAACAAAGAGGUUAAUAAGUUGUGGGAGGAGCUGGAAGGAUGCAAGAGGAAGCUCGAACGAUCCGAAGCAGCAUUUGCAGCUUCAAAAACCGAAGCCAAGCCAGAAGGUACAAAACCAAUGCAUAAAACUGGCUUCCUUGGUCUUAUAGGGGACAAGGUUGACAGCAUAGAAUUCUACUCCCACAAGAUCAAUGAGCUUGUCGGAAAAUUGGAAUCUGAACAAAAGACUACUCUUAGAGAGAAGCAGAAGAACGCUGCUUUCGUCUUCUUCAACAACCGAGCAACUGCAGCUUCUGCAUCGCAAAACUUGCAUGCGAAAAUCGUCGAUAAAUGGACCGUUCUAGCAGCUCCCGAGCCCCGCCAGCUUAUCUGGCCUAAUCUUUAUAUAGACUUUAUUCAGAGGCAAGUUCGGCAGUAUGUUGUGUAUGUCAUUGUGGCACUGAUGAUCUUCUUCUACAUGAUUCCAAUUGGUAUCAUUUCUGCCAUUACCACACUCAAUAACUUGACUAAGUUGCUGCCAUUUUUGAAGCCAGUUGUGAACAUAAAUGCAGUCAAAGUAGUAUUAGAAGCCUACUUGCCUCAAUUAGCUUUGAUUAUCUUCUUGGCUGUGCUGCCCAAUAUACUGCUUUUUCUAUCUAAAUCUGAGGGAAUUCCUUCAGAGGGACAUGCUGAGAGGGCUGCUUCUGGGAAAUAUUUCUAUUUCAGUGUGUUGAAUGUUUUCCUUGGAGUCACUUUGAGUGGUGCACUGUUUAAAACAUUCAAGGACAUUCAGAAGGAUCCAAACUCUCUUGUUCCCUUGUUGGCUAGCAGUCUCCCAGGCAGUGCAACUUUCUUUCUUACCUUUGUGGCUCUCAAGUUCUUCGUUGGUUACGGUCUCGAGCUAUCUAGGAUAGUUCCUCUUAUCGUAUUCCAUUUGAAGAAGAAAUUCCUUUGCAAAUGUGAAGCUGAUGUGAAGGAUGCUUGGACUCCUGGUGACUUUGGUUAUGGAACUAGAAUUCCGGGUGACUUGCUCAUUUUUACCAUAGGCCUAUGCUACUCCAUCAUGACACCUUUGAUCAUCCCGUUCAGCAUCAUAUACUUCGGUCUUGGAUGGCUUAUUCUUCGUAAUCAGGCACUGAAAGUUUAUGUUCCUGCUUAUGAGACCUAUGGAAGAAUAUGGCCUCAUAUAUUCAACCGUAUCAUAGCAUCACUCUUGUUGUACCAACUUACCAUGUUCGGUUUCUUCGGGGUGAAGAAAUUCUUCUACGCUCCAAUCUUAAUUCCGCUCCCCAUAAUUUCCUUGAUAUUUGCCUUCAUUUGUCACACUAAAUUCUACCGAGCUUUUGCCGAUACCGCUCUCGAAGUCACUUGUAAUGAGUUGAAGGAAGUUCCGAACAUGGAGCAAGUGUUUAGAUCUUUCGUUCCACCAAGUUUGAGCUCCGAGAAAGUCGAUGACAACCAAUUUGAAGAUGCACGGUCCCAGGCUUCAAGAACAGAAUCGUUUGCUUAGUAGAAUUUUCGAUGUUCUUGCUUUAACAAUAGAUCUGAUGUAAAAGUCAUAUGAAAAAUGUUGAUAGUUUGCAUAAGGUAAGGGAUCAAGACGUUUAGGUUGUGAAAGGCAAAUAGUGUGUAAAAGAAGAAUGAAUGUUCUAUUGCAAUUUUCGUUGUACCGUAUAUUUGAUUAUU